CAAUCAAACGUCAGUCCUACUUGCACCAACACCAACUCUCAUACACUCGCACCACACCACAAACACCUCACCACAAACCCUAGCCCAUCUCCAUAUAAAAUCCGCCCUCAUCCCGUCCGACCCUGCCACUCCAUUUUCAUCCCCGCGCCGCAGCCAUGCAGAUCUUCGUGAAAACCCUAACGGGCAAAACCAUAACCCUGGAGGUGGAAUCCUCCGACACCAUCGACAACGUCAAGGCCAAGAUCCAGGACAAGGAGGGCAUCCCCCCGGACCAGCAGCGCCUCAUCUUCGCCGGCAAGCAGCUCGAGGACGGCCGCACCCUCGCUGACUACAACAUCCAGAAGGAGUCCACCCUCCACCUCGUCCUCCGCCUCCGCGGCGGCGCCAAGAAGCGCAAGAAGAAGACGUACACCAAGCCCAAGAAGAUCAAGCACAAGCACAAGAGGGUCAAGCUCGGGGUCCUGCAGUACUACAAGGUGGAAGACUCCGGGAAGGUGCAGAGGCUCAGGAAGGAGUGCCCAAACGCCGAGUGCGGGGCCGGGACCUUUAUGGCGAACCACUUUGAUAGGCACUACUGUGGCAAGUGCGGGCUCACCUAUGUUUAUCAGAAGGCCGGCGGUGAUUAAUUGCGCGCCUCUCUCCUUAUGUUUUAAUCGUAUCGCUAUGGGUUUUGUUUAAUUUUGGAUGUUAGUUUCUGGAGUUGGAUUGCUGGUCAUCCUGGACUAAUUUUGGUUAAAUGAACUCAAUUUUUGCCUA